ACCCAUGAACGACCUAAGUAGUCCCUCUUCUGGUUUUCUCUUCCCGAGACCACGUGUCCUUUGACAAUUUACAACUCAGAAAACAGUGAAAGGGGCAAUGAUUAUUUUAAAAUGUUACUGUAAAAAUGUUCUUGGUACUAAAUGGAAAUAGCACUCUUUCAAAAUGGCCUUCGUUUCUCUUCGUGUCCAGAGAAUCACCGCAUAUUUAUUGGUCAUUGUYUGYGUGGUCUUGGUUUAUCAAUUUUAUAAUCAUGGACAGCUAGUGCGAGGAAAGCGACUGCGCAGAAUUAAAUCUGUGGAGAGAGACAAAAGAGCAACGGCUAAAUGGGAUUUGAAAGAAGAAUUGCGGAUAAGCAAAGAGAAUGCGUCAAAGAUCCAUGAACAGAAAAGUUUACUUCUACAAGAGAUUAGUUCAUUAAAAGUCAAAUUAACGAAUUACUUGGCGGUGAACCGUAGGUUAAGAUACAAUAUCCAAAGCUUGAGAAAGAAAGCGGAAAAUGCCAAAACCGAGAUCGCCAAGUUGACGUCACAGAAAGUYGAUUUGAUGGAAGUUAUAGAAACCAUCAACAAGAGUAAACUACGUCACGAAAGCGAYCAACCAUCUCCCACAGAUGACGGAAGUAAUGUUUUGCACAAACCGUCUAUAGCAGAAAACCUUCCCUUUAAYAGCUUUGCAAAGACUCAUAUUUAUGAACCCGACAGCCAACCUAGACCGAAAGAAUACAUGUUCAGAGGGCAGAAUGUGAAAACUAGAACAAUCAGGUCUCCAAGAAGACACAUUUUUCAAAUAGAAGACAAAAUCAUUGACAUGAUUAACUCUAACCAGUCAUUAGCYUUGACCAGGGAGGAUUUCUUGGAUGGUGUCUACCGUUAUGAUAUCAACGGAGGAGCCGAUUACGAGUUUUACUUCCGAUCUCCACGUAAAACCAACACUGUUAUACCAGURAGGGUCUGGCGAGAACUUUCAAAGCCUARUGUACAAAUUCUCAACAGUAAUAAAAAAAAGCUAGAUGAAACAAUCAAUCUUGUUCUACCCCUUUCUGGGCGUCUGGAGAGAUUUCAAAACUUCAUCGAACUAUUUGUUGAUGUUUGCAUCAAAAAAGACAAAAAUGUUUAUUUAACUGUUGUUCUCUAUGGGGAAAAAGACUUCAAGACGGUGAAAACGAUCCUCCAAGGACUAGAAAAGGACUAUGGGUUCCGUAAAUAUGAACUGGUCAUGCGAGACAAGGAGUUCUCACGGGGUCGYGCGCUUCACGAUGGAGUGAUCUACUGGAAGGGACAAGAUCCUAAUGUUCUUAUGUUUUUCUGUGAUGUAGACAUAACGUUCAGUGCGGAGUUUCUACGUCGUUGUAGAACGUAUAGUGAACCGGGUAAACAGGUUUACUAUCCGAUAGUUUUUAGUCUUUAUAAUCCAAAGAAUGUCUAUGCGGAUGGUAGUAUACCGGAACAGGAAGCACAACUGAAGAUAGAUCGUAGCAACGGUUUCUGGCGAACCUAUGGUUUUGGAAUGACAUGUCAAUAUCGGUCCGAUUAUCUUAAAGUCGGAGGAUUUGAUUUGAGUAUUGAAGGUUGGGGAUCAGAAGAUCAGCAACUAUACGCUAGAUAUCUUGAAAAACCCGGAUAUAGGAUCAUUCGAGCCCCUGACCGAGAUCUUUUCCACUUCUACCACGAGAAGUACUGUGAUCCAAACCUGAAAUGGGACCAGUACAGGUCUUGCUUGGGAUCCAAAGCCAAGACAGAAGGAACCCCAGCUCAGAUUGCCAUCCAGCUGACCAGACUUCGAGAAAAAUACGAAGGAUUCGAAAGGAAUGAUUGAUUACUUUUUUUGCAGGGAUGGGGGGUAAACUGGCUUUUCUUUAAGUGUAGAAAUAUAUAUUGGGAUAAUUAUUGAUGUAUUUUGAAUAUUUUGCCAAGUUAAAUAAAUUACAUAAAUUUGAAUUAUAAGAAAUAUAUUCCUUGUACCGUUCAAGAUGAGCGCGAGUACACACUCUUAGAGCGUCUACGGUUAGUUUUGAUUUUCGCAAAUAAUUUGAGGUGCAGGAGCCAAUCAAAAUCCAGGAUUUGUGAUAGUCUGCAGAUUGUGGUGAAAUACUGAUAUGUUGAUGCUAAAGUGCGCUACUCCAGACUAGUCCCUAAUCCCUUACAGACAACGUGACUUGUAGUCUCCUCGCAGCCAUAUUCUUAGUGGCGGUCUCUGGGCUCCCUGUCCCCUGCCCCACAGACAGACAGAAGACAGGGAGCCCACCACUAAAAACGCCUGCGACGAGACUACAAUAGGUGACUUGUACCACCAAAAAGAAAACAAA